AUGCGGCAGUUCGUGGAUGCUGUGGACGUUGUUGGGUCUGGCGGGAGCGAGCUGGAGAAGAAGCAACAGGAGCAGUGGGCUGCCAGUGGGGGACGGUAUAUCGGUGUUAACGGUAAGGAUGAAGAUUCACCAAGCAAUAAUGAUGAUGGCAACACAGACAUUCAGCUGUUCUAUUAUUUUGUGGAAUCGGAAAGAAAGCCUGAAGAAGAUCCCCUGGCUGCCAACAUAGUCUUUCCUGACACCCCUGUUUACACUGGAUUCUCGUACUCAAAGUCUUCACCCAAUUUAUAUGUCGGAGAUAAAGAGUCAUCGAAGAGCAUCUAUGAAUUUGUCGUUAAGUGGUUAAUUGGACAUCCGAAAUUUAAAUCCAACCCUCUUUACAUUGGUGGAGAUUCAUAUGCAGCAAAAAAAGGGUCAUCUCAAGGUUCAUUCAUUCAGCUGAGUUUGUUUAUUUCAGAUAUUGAAACCCGAAAGUAUCCAUUUCUCCGCCUCGAGGGUUACUUACUCGGGAAUCCGGUCGCCGACAGACAAUUGGAAACCAAUGCAGGUGUACCAUAUGCUUAUGGCAUGGGCCUUUUAUCCUAUGAACUCUUUGAGUCAAUGAAGGAGAAUUGCAAAGGGAGUUAUAUGAAUUUUGAUCUGGACAAUGCAAAUUGCUUAAAGGAUCGCCAAAAAUACCAAGAGUGUAUACGGAAUAUUAGUGUAGCACACAUUACGGAGGACAGGUAUUGUGGUGAUAUAGGGCCAAAACACGAAGAACCAAUUGAUAAUAGACGAUCCCUCUCAGCAGUUGCAGAAGUUGUCGCCUCAUCAGAGUCUGUGCUACCAAUUCCACGGUACCGGGAUUACAAUCAAAAUCUUCUAUCUGGAUAUUGGGCAAAUGAUAAUCAUGUUCAAGAGGCUCUCCAUGUAAAAAAGGAAACGAUUAAGAAAUGGGUCAGGUGCAGCUUCGACGUACCAUAUAAAGAAGACAUUCUUAGCAGUGUGGAAUAUCAUCAAAAUAUUAGCACCAAACUUGGUUAUAGAGCUCUCAUAUAUAGCGGUGAUCAUGAUUUCAUGGUGCCACAUGUUUCAACCGAAGCAUGGAUACGAUCACUGAACUUAUCCAUUACCGAAGAUUGGCGCCCAUGGUUCCUCGAUGAUCAGUUUUCCGGAUAUACAAGAACAUACUCGAGCGGUCUGACAUAUGCGACUGGAGCAGGUCAUACAACUCCAGAGUACAGACCUAAAGAAAGUUAUGCCAUGUUUGAGAGGUGGAUUUCUCAUGCUCAUUUAUGA